CCGUCUUCAACUGAAUUUGAGGGGAGAGAGAUGAAAACACAUUCCCCACGAACCAGUUUUGUAGAGAGAGGAAAUUUCAAUCGUGAUCAUCCAAAUCCCUUCACCGAUUGCCAAGUGACCAAAAUCCGCCAUUAUCUCUUCGCAAACUGGCUGUCGAUUUCUAUGAGCGCUUCCUAUCGCAUUUGUUGGUGAUGAAGAAUGUUGAUCGGAAAAAGGGUUUGCUUUUGAUGUGACAUGGCGCUUCUGCUGGCCGUCGUUAAUACCCAAGAUGUCGCUUUACAUUGGUCGCGAGGCUUCAAAGUUAUGGAAGAGAAUUUGUACAGAGGCCUCAACAGAAAUCGCUCUUCUCGGUGAAAAUUGGAAGUAUAUUUUAGGUGGACUCAUAUUUCAGUACAUCCAUGGACUGGCAGCUCGAGGAGUUCAUUAUUUACAUAGGCCUGGUCCGACACUUCAAGAUCUAGGCUUCUUUCUUCUUCCAGAGCUUGGGCCGGAGAAAGCUUACAUGAGUGAAACUGUAUUUAGCAUUAUUUUUUUGUCUUUCAUCUUGUGGACUUUUCAUCCUUUCUUCUCAAAGAGCAAGAAAAUCUUUACUGUUUUGAUAUGGUGCAGGGUACUAGCGUUCUUAGUUGCUUGUCAAACCCUGAGGAUAAUAACUUUUUAUUCGACACAGCUACCCGGUCCAAAUUAUCACUGCCGAGAAGGCUCGAAGCUUGCUAGGCUGCCUCGCCCUGAUAAUAUUUUAGAAGUUCUAUUAAUUAAUUUUCCUCGCGGAGUGCUUUAUGGCUGUGGCGAUCUAAUAUUUUCAUCCCACAUGAUAUUCUCUCUCGUCUUUGUGCGCACAUUCCAUAAAUAUGGCAUUCAUAGAUUUGUAAAGAAUUGUGCUUGGUUGACUGUGGUGGCUCAGAGCUUAUUGAUUAUUGCUUCGCGUAAGCAUUACACCGUUGAUGUUGUUGUAGCAUGGUACACCGUGAAUUUGGUGGUGUUCUUCGUAGACAAGAAAUUGCCAGAACUGCCCGAUCGCUCGAGUAGCUCCAUGUCGCAGUUGCUUCCACUGAGCAAAGACACAAGGAUAAGAGACGAGCACCAUAGACCCUUGAGUGGUAGCUCUGGGGAUUCCUCCGACUGGAGACCGCGGACACAAAUAAAUGGAAAGAAUACGGAAGAAGGAUACAAUGAAUCAGAUCUAAGCAGUGCAUAGUCAACGAACGAGACAUUGUUGCAACUGUCCAUUUCCUCCAUUGGUCCGAUUGUCUCAUGGAAAGUCACCAUAGCUAUUCCUCGAGGCCCGAUAGCAUCACCUGUAAUCUUAUAGAUCAUGUAUUCUUGGUUAGAUUUACAAAGUUUACAUAGUCAUAGUCACUCAGAGUGCUAUCAAUUUCACUUGCAGUAACCAUAAUGCAUCAAGCAAUUUCAAAGUUUUGAUUUU